AUGCUCUCGCGCAUUCAGGCCCUGUACGUUGCAGGAGUCUUCAUCCUCAUCCAUGGAAGCGCGUUGCUGUCUGGCCUCACGCUGGGCCUGCUGUCCUUGGACACUCUGCAGCUGCAGGUGCAGCAGCGCACUGGUACAGCACGGCAGCAGUCCCAGGCCACGCGCCUGCUGCCCCUCGUUGCCCGCACCCACCAGGUGCUGGUCGGCCUCGUGCUUUUUGGCGCAGCCGUCUCAGCGGCACUGACACUCUGCCUGGACCGCCUGCUGGACCCCGUGGCGGCCAUCCUCCUGCACUCGGUCUCGAUAUGCGCAUUCUUUGCGCCGCUGAUGCACGUCAUCCUGUGGCUGUUCUCGCCUGCCGCAUUCCCGCUCGCGCUGCUGCUGGAUGCGACGCUCGGCCAGCCUGGGGAGGAUGCGCUGUUUGAGCGCCAGGAGCUGCGGACUGUCAUUGCGCUGCAUGCGCAGGAGGGCAUGGACGGCCCCCUGAGCCUUCAAGAGAUGGGCAUUAUCAGCGGUGUUUUGGAGCUCACGGCCACGCCUGUGGCAUCCAUGAUGACGCCGAUUAGCGAGGCGCAGCCGCUGGCAGCAGAAGCUGAGAUUGACGCGGCAAUGGUGGACAGUGUGCUGCGGCAUGGGAUGCGGCAGGUGCUGGUGCAGAGGUAA